AUGAAGACUCGUUUGCGCUUCUCAACCAAACAAGUCGGAAGGGGAUUCUAUCGGGGCACGAAUACAGGAUCCAAGGGUGCACACACGAAGUAUGGGGACUACCUCAUCGACUGGCGCAAAGUGCGACAUUUUGUGGUACCUAAUCUACAAGGAUCGAAGCUGAGUCCUUUCGUUUCUGCUCAACUGCAUGAGCGGCAGGAAAAGCGUGUAGACCCGAACGGCUUCAAAUACGAUGAAAAAUACGACGGAAUGCAGUACUUGAUGUGGAUGAAGCACCAGCAUCCUCAAGAAUGGCAGCAUGAACUGAGCAACGCGCCUGAGCAGCAAGGGUGA